CGUCCGACAUCAGCUCCACUGAACCGGAAGCUCCAGGUAAUUGAGAGCGAGCGAACUCGGGGAAAGUGCUGGGGAUGGGCAGGAAAGUGACUCGGGAAAGGGCUGCUUUUUACCGCCCCGGAGUCCCAGCACUGCUGCUGCUGCCCGCCCGGACACACCCCGGCUCUGUCCGCUCUUAGCGCCUGUACCAGCCCAACCUGCUCCGGGCAGAGCCAACGCGCCCCCGCGACCAAUGCAACAAUAAGCCAGUCUCCCCAGCCAGAGGAAGGAAGAGGGGGACCGGUUACCGUUGAGGAGGCAGCUGUGUAUUCCACCGAGGGGCAGUGAGUGAGCGAAUCUGGAUCCCACGGACGAGAUGCAGGAGAACUAUGAGAAUGUGAUCUCAUUGGCGGAGGAGAUUGCGAUCAGCUGGCCCCGGAUAACCGCGUUUGCCGAGUCGCACAGGAGGAGAGGAUUGGUCUCUGUUUCCUUUCCUAGACCCAGGGAGUUACUGGAUUCUCUCGUUGUUCCAGCAGAUGAUGGGAUGGUGAGUGAGAAUGAGGAGGAGGAUGCUCAGCAGGGAGGCCUUGAGAAGGUGGAUGCCCAAGGGACGAUGCCGGGCAAGUCCAAGGGGAGCGCUCCCCAGAGCGCUGAUGUGGGGAAGGCCAGCGAGGGCCCGCAGAAAGUAGAAGGACAGCCAAGGAAGCCCUCAGGCAAGAGGCAGGGCAAAUCCGCUCACCGUGGUUUCAAGAAGUUCCACCAGCGGAGCCUGCUGGGGCACAGCCGGUGCCAUGACUGCGGCAAGAGCCUGGGCUUCGGCUCGGGCUUCAACAAGCGCCCACGGCUGCGCAGCGCCGAGAAGCCCUACAAGUGCAACGAGUGCGGCAAGUGCUUCCGGCUCAGCUCCACUCUCAUCACCCACCAGCGUCGCCAUGCCAGCGAGAAGCCCUACAAGUGUGCCGACUGCGGCAAGAGCUUCAGUGUGGGCUCGGCCUUCAUCCAGCACCAGCGGGUCCACACUGGCGGCGUCAAGCCCUGCCAGUGCAACGUCUGCGGCAAAAGCUUCAGUGCCAGCACCAGCCUGGUCAAGCACCAGAAGCUGCACCUGGAAGAGAAGCCUUACAAGUGCGAUGAGUGUGGCAAGGGCUUUAACUGGAACUCGCACUUGGAGCGCCACCGGCGCAUCCACACCGGCGAGAAGCCCUACACCUGCCCCGAAUGUGGGAAGAGCUUCAGCUGGAGCUCCCACCUGGACCGCCACCGCCGCACCCACUUGGGCGGGGAGAAGGCCUGCAAGUGCACUGACUGCGGUCGCUGCGUUGGCCCCAAUGGCACCAAGCCCCAGCGCGGAGCAGGAGGAGGAGCUGCCGCCGCCGCCGAGAAGCCCUACCAGUGCCCCGAAUGUGGCAAGGGCUUCAACAAGAGUGCCACAUUGGCCAAGCACCGGCGUUCCCACACGGGCGACAAGCCCUACAAGUGCGAGGAGUGUGGCAAGAGCUUCGGGCUGAGCGCCUCCCUGCUGCAGCACCAGCGGAGCCACGCGGCUGGCAAGCCCUACCAGUGCGGCGACUGCGGCAAGAGCUUCGCCUGGAGUUCCCACCUGGACCGGCACCGGCGCAUCCACAUGGGCGAGAAGCCCUACCGCUGCGGGGACUGCGGCAAGAGCUUCUCGCAGAGCUCCCACCUGGAGCGGCACCAGCGGGUGCACCUGGGCUCAGAGCAGCCCUGCCAGUGCACUGACUGCGGGAAGAGCUUCCUGGCCAGCGCCAAGCGGCGCCGUGUGCUGAGCGGAGAGCGUCCCUGCAAGUGCACUGACUGCGGGAAGAGCUUCCUGUGGGGCUCCCGCGCCAGGCCUUCCCCCGUGGCGGAGAGGACCCACAAAUGCACGGAAUGCGGGAAGAGCUUCACCUACCGGGCAGAGAACGUCAAGCACCAGGGCACGCAGACGGGCGAGAAGCCCUACACCUGCCCUGAGUGCGGCAAGAGCUUUGGGCAGAACUCGGCCCUGGUGAAGCACCGGCGCAUGCACACCGGCGAGAAGCCCUACAAGUGCGGGGACUGCGGGAAGAGCUUCAGCGUCCGCUCCAACCUCAUCAAGCACCAGCGCACCCACCUGGGCGAGAAGCCCUACAAGUGCCCUGACUGCGGCAAAGGCUUCAUCCAGAAGUCGGACCUGACCAAGCACCGGCGCAUGCACACUGGGGAGAAGCCCUACAAGUGCAACGUCUGCGGGAAGUGCUUCAGUGUCAGCUCCAACCUCAUCAAGCACCAGCGUAUCCAUCUGGGUGAGAAGCCCUACCAGUGCUCCGAGUGUGGCAAGAGCUUCAUCCAGCGCUCGGAACUCACCAUCCACCAGCGCGUGCACACCGGCGAGAAGCCCUACAAGUGCCCUGAGUGUGGGAAGUGCUUCAGCCGCAGCUCCCACCUUAACCGGCACCAGCGCACCCACACUGGCGACAAGCCCUCGCUGCUCUCCGCCACCAAGAACUCCGCUGCUGCCACCGCUAGCAACCCCCUGCAGGCCUCCUCCGCCUUCUCCUCUGCCUCCUUCUCCUCCCCGCUGGGCACCUCCUCCGCCCCCCUCCCCACUCUACCCUCUUUCCCUUCCUCACCCUCACCCAUCUCCAUCCCCGCCCUCUCCAACAACCCGCUGGAUCUGCCCUGGGCCCUGUCCUUCCCAUCCCGUGCCUUCCCCCACCCUUCCUUCCCCUCGCCUGCUCCGUCCGGGGCCCCGGCCUCAUCACUGAUAAACUAACCGCCCCCCACAGCCUCUCUGUUCCCCCUCGCUCCCCCUAAUUCUCACCUGCCUCCCUCUUCACCACCUCCAUAUCUUCCCCCCUCUGCCUUGCCUUUUGCCACCCCUUUCACUCUCCCUGCUCCCAAGACUGUGCAGUUGGCUUCUCCUGCUCUUUCCUCCUUCCCUAUUCCUUCUCCUCCUCCAAAAUUCACACCAUCCACCUCUUCUUCUUCUCUCCCCUCUCCUUUCCCUUCACACGUCUGGCUCCUCCCACUUCCCCUCCCUUCUCGGUGCCUCCAGCUUCCGUGCUGGUGUCCCAUCUAACACAACUGCAACUUGCUUCCUGUCCCCAACGUGCUCAUCUGACUUGCAGUGCUGGAUCAGUUUCCUUGACUCUCUCUUGACCUGCUCCUCACCGCACCCAGUUCCAUUUCUGGCCCCUCUUGGACUCUGAGUUCUUAUUCCUCAGUAAUCAAGUCACCUCUUUCUAUACAGCCCUCUUCCCGCAUACCACCUGCCCAGCUUGAUGUUCCUCCCAUGAUCUCCCUUCUGUGCCUUCCUUGAUGUUCUCAGCCCCUUCCUCAUCUCACUACAAAUUCACACCGAGAAGUGUGAGAUUCAUUAUUUACAAUCCAUUAGCCAUGGAAUCCCUCGCACCUCCAUCCUUUCUUGUCUAUAUCACCAUGCCCUGGCUUAUGCUUCUAUUCCAACUUCCUUGCUAUAGGGGGUCUCUGGAGAAUAUCCUAUGAUGAUGCAUAUUUCCUCCACUGAAGGUUAAUACUCAUUCUGUUCUACCAUCUUCCUUGUCUAACUCUGCCCAUCACCCAUCCCUCGAUCUAGGUACCAUACAGUGCUUAUUUCUCCCUGAUUAUAGCCUAGAGCUAGAUGAACAACAGGGAAAGUGAUUUGUGAAUAUGUUCGUGUUCAAAUGGGAUAAGUCUAUUUUGUUCCCCUUUGUGGGAUCAUAUUAUUUUGUUACUGUUAUUCACAAGUAGAGCUGUUCUAGUUUUUUUUUUUUUUAAGAAAAUAUUUUUUGACAAAACAUGUCCUUUUUCAAAAAUGAACAGUUUUGCAAAAUCAUUUGGGUUUUUGUUUUUUUCAAAUUUUUCAAUUUUGUUUUUUACAGAAAUGUUGCAAAUAUUUUAGCCUCUUGUUCUUUGAGGUGAGGUGUUUUGUUUUUUUUUCACUUUUUCAUGUCAUUUUAGGUUUCCAUUUUGUUUUAUUUCCAUUGCCAAUUUUGAUUGGUGGGCUUAGUAAAAUGCUGGUAAUUAUUCAAAAUCAAAACAAAUCUUUCAUUGUCAAAAUUUUUUCAUUUCAGAUUCAAACAUUCCAUUUGCUAAAAUUAAGAUUUUCAAAAAUGAAGACUAAUCUAUGAAAAAAUUCUGAAAAUUUAGAAAAAAUGAAAAUUCAAUACCAAUUAUUAAAAACAAAGGAACAAAAAUACUUUUGAAAUGUUCACAGUUAAAGAAAAGUUUCAGACAGUUUUAUUAAUUGGAGUGCCUGCAACUUAUUUGUGAAAAUGUUCACAAAUCCAGAACUUUUCCACAAAUUUUCAUAUUCAUAUGUAUCUGGGGUAGCCGUGUUAGUCUGUAUCCACAAAAACAACAAGGAGGCUCCUUAAAGACUAACAGAUUUAUUUGGGCAUAAGCUUUCAUGGGAUGCAUCUAAAGAAGUGAGCUUUUUUACCCACAAAAGCUUAUGCCCAUAUUCAUAUGUGUUUGUUCGAAGAUAUGCACUGGAAAGUGUGAUAUCCCUGUUUACAAAAGUUUCACUCACCUAAUCAGGAAGCAGAAACAAUACCAAGUGAUUUAGGUGACCAAUGGCACAAAAGACACACAUAAAAGUAAUGUAUAGUCAAAUUAUGCCACUGGCAAACAAUCCAUACAAUAUAAAUUGUUCACGUAGGUUAUUCUGCUGAUAUUUACAAAUCAUUGGCGCUGGUGUUCAGCUAGUCUUUGUUGGGGUAAAUAAUGGAGCUGUAUCAGUUUAUGCCAGCUAAAGAACUGGCUCCAUAAAUCUAUUGUAGGAACCAGGAUUGGUUUGUAAACAACCCACUCACAGAAGAAAGCUAAAAUCAAAACAAAUAUUAUUCACAAUGAAAAAAUUCUGUCAGCUCCAUUGAAAGCCUCUUGACCUGCCUCUGCUUUCAGUCCUGAUCAAUAUUCCACCUGCCUUCUCCUCUCUCUCUCUCUCCAUCCAGAACUUUGCUAAGUACUUCAGACAAGGGAAAGAAAUCAAUGCCAUCUGGUAGUAGUCAUCUGCCCCUUGACUUUCUGUCCCCCACCCAUGCUGCCCCAACUCUCUUCUGAACCCCAGUUCAGUUUGCUCGUCCUUUGACCUGUCCCGAUCUCCUUUCAGCUCUUGAUUUCCUUUUCUCUAGUUCUCUCCUAUACUAAAAAGUUAGAUCAACCCAGCUACGUUGCUCAAGACUAUGAAAAAUCCACACCCCGGAGCGACGUAGUUAAGCCGACCUAACUCCCAGUGUAGACAGCACUAGGUUAAUGGAAGAAUUCUUCCAUUGACCUAGCUACCAUCUCU